AACUUGUGAAAGAAUAUUUAGAAAAAGCACAAGUUAUAGUUAAAAAGGGAAGACUACAAGACCGAGAUGAACACUUAAUGCAUAUUCAAAUGAGUAAAGAACUCAAUCCUAAAGAAAAAAAAUUUUGCCUUGAAUAUUUAAGAGAACUCAUUGCCGAAGAGAAUUUUUCUCACCGUGUUCAAUUCACGCAAGAUCCUAGAAGCAAAAAAUAUUAUAUUAGGAUUUACAAUUAUGAAAUGAAAAUUGUAAAAAAAAUUAAUAGAUGUGUGCGAUGCAGUUCUAAACAAUCUGAAGACAAAUACUGCUUUUGUGUUGUUUUAUAUCUGUUAAAUAAUUUGAAAUCGUCUGACAACGAAUUUAUUGAUAAACUUAUUCAAAAUUUUUAUAUGAGUCAAGAUUUAAAAAGUUCAACAUUAGAAAAUAUCAUUGAAUGGGUUCCAUACGAAUGCUUGAAGGAUGUUAAAUAUGUUGCAAAGGGUGGGUUCGGAUCGCUGUAUUCUGCAACAUGGAUUAAUGGGUGGGUGGCUGGUUUGAACGAGAAGAGUCGACAAAUUAUAAGAACUGGUCCAAAAACUGUUGCCUUAAAAUUAAUAAAUGGUUUAAAUGAACAAAAUAAUGAUCUUAUCGAAGAGCUCGCAUUGCUUUUGGAUUAUAUGGACAAUGGAGAUAUUAACGCCUUUUUAAAAUGUAAAGAUAAUAAUUUGACUUGGAAAGAUAGAUUUACUAUACUUAAAGAAACAUUUUGGCAACUUAGUCAAAUUCAUAAUAACAAAAUGGUACAUAAAGAUCUUCACCCUGGUAACAUUUUAUCUAAUUCGCAAGGAUGGUUUAUUGGUGACUUGGGAUUUAAUGGUCCUUUAGAUGAAGGUGUAAAAAAUCAGGUUAUUGGAGUGUUGCCAUUCAUCGCACCAGAAAUAUUAUGUAAAUCAGAGUAUACGCAAGCAUCAGAUAUUUAUAGUAUGGGAAUGAUAAUGUGGCAGCUUGUAGCUAGAUGCUAUCCAUUCUGUAAUCGUAAAUAUGAUAUUCAUCUUGCAAAAGAUAUUUGUAAUGGGCUUCGACCAGAAAUUACUUCAGAUAUACCUCGAGAUUAUCAAAAAAUUAUGAAGAGUUGUUGGGAUGCUGAUACAGCAGAAAGACCAACAGCAGAAGCGCUUUUCCAACAUUUUAGUACAGACCUUGAAAAAAUGUCAUGUAGUAAACAUGUAAUUCCAGAAUUAGAAAUCAUGUUCAGCAGGUCUCAUUUUCAUGUGCCUAACGAAACUAUAAGUGUCAUUCAUGAGUUUGUCAAUUUACCUGAACCUAAAAAUGAAACAACUUUGGGUAAGUUUUAA